AGCGAAGGCUGCAGAUUUCGCGUCGGGAAAAUUCUAUUGCAUAUUUAGGGGCGCAUCAAGUUAAUGGCUCCCAUUAGAGUGCCCCAAUAUAUUAUUCGCAAGCUCCUCAUUGCACCGACUUACUAAUUCAGCAUUGCUCUUGGGUUUUGGGAACUGGUCGCUUGGAAUUAAACUUGGAACUGGGAAUCGCACUUGGACAAUGAUGCCGCAUCUGAAGUUGACCGCUCUUGUUGGUGCGGCUGCUGGUUCUCCUUUGAUUUGAUUUGGUGCCACUUGCCAGCCGAUCUCGUUGCUAUAUAGCUAUAUAGCUGUAUAGUUGGCCAGAAGUCGUUGUUGCUGCUGGCGGAGGUGCAGCAGCGUUACAGUUCGGAAAAUCGGUCAAUGGAAACGGGCUUGUAAGCAGGUGCAAUCGCUUCUAGAGCCACAAAAUAGACCAAACAGACGAGAGAGCUUGGAGCCGCAGGCAUGUCGCUUAAGAAGGAGACGCCCUCGGAUGUGCAACUGCACAUGGCAGCCAUGAGGGGAGAUGAGGUGGCCCUUCUUCGCGUCCUGGACAGCGGCAAGGUGCACGUGGACUGCAAGGAUGAGGAUGGAACCACCCCGCUGAUUUUGGCUGCUGCCGGCGGUCACACUUACUGCGUGAUGGAGCUGCUCGAUCAGGGAGCCGAUCCAAACUCGCGUCGUCUCACGGGCACCACGCCCCUUUUCUUUGCCGCCCAAGGCGGUCACCUGGACGUGGUGAAGAUCCUGAUAAAGGCGGGCGCCAGCGUGGACACGCCCUCCGCGGAUGGCGGCACGCCCCUUUUUGUGGCCUGCCAGGGCGGGCACGUGAAGAUCGUUCGCGAGCUGCUGGACUGCGGAGCGAAUGUGAAUGCGCACAUGAAGGAUCGAGCCACGCCGGUAUUUAUCUCCGCCCAGAAUGGCCAUCGCACAGUUCUGGCGCUGCUGAUACAGGCUGGUGCCGAGAUCGAUAUCAAGCGGAUAGACGGCGCCACGCCCCUAUGGAUAGCCGCCCAGAUGGGCCAGGAUCACAUCUGCAAGGUGCUGCUCCAAAAUGGCGCCAAUGUGGACACCGUGCGCUGCGACGGCGCCACGCCCCUCUUCAAGGCGGCCCACAAGGGUCACGCCGCCGUCAUUACCGUGCUGCUCAAAUACCGCCCCAAUCUUGGCCAGCUGCCCAACGGGGAGUCCGCACUGCAUGCCGCGGCCAUGUUUGGCCACAUGACCGUCUGCAAGCAGCUGGUGGCCGCCGGCAGCGAUGUCCUGCUGAAGAACCAGGACGGUCUGACGGCCCUGCAGCUGGCGCACCAGCAAAAGUACACCUCCAUCUGUGAUUAUCUCCAGGAACGCAUCCGGACGAUGGUGGCGCGCAGCGCCAAGGCAAUGGUCACGUCCGGUGUGUCGUCCACGGUCAAGACGAUGUCGGCGUAAGGGCAUUAUAGCAUUUGAGAGACCACGCCUCCAAAGUACCUUAAUGCACAAUACCCUAAUGUUUCCAAAAGCCAGAAGAUGCUGAAGAGAGUGUUUGGGCAAAGGAAUGGAAGGGAUUUAGAUUGUAUGGAAGCCACACCAGCAUUUGGAGUCGAAUUGGAAGCCAGGUGAAUGCGGGGUAUGCUGUAUUCGAAGUACCCCGCAACUUGAAUUGCUCAGUGAGGCACUCACUUCCGCACUUAAAAAAAUUAACCAAAAGAUGGAAAAACCACUAGUAAGAACACGUCCAAAAUCAACUUAAUGGCCUCCCCCAAGGAAACCGAACUAUUUAUUAGAUAAGUCGUAUCAUUCAUAUUAAAACCACUUGGAGCUUGUAUUUUGAAUUUAACACUAACCAUAACAAUAACGAUAACGUUAAAGAUAACAAUUACUAUAAAAAUGUUAACAUGGACCCGCAAAGAGAACGUUACACUCUCCCCUGUACAUAACCAUAUAUAUAUAUAUAUAUAAGGUAUAUAUACCUAUAUUUAAAUAAACCUAAUGCU